AUGGACUCAUCCCCUUCACCUCGUGUCAUGAAGCAGUACCAAGUCUUCCUCAGCUUCCGUGGAGAAGACACCCGCAGAACCAUCGUAAGCCACCUGCACAAAGCUCUUCUUGACAGAGGAAUCGAUACUUUCAAAGAUGAUAAAAGACUUGAGAUUGGCGCCUCCAUUUCGGAUGAAAUCAAGGAAGCUAUAGAGAACUCAAAGAUCGCUGUUGUGGUUAUCUCGGAGAACUAUGCAUCUUCGACUUGGUGUCUGAACGAGCUCCAAAUGAUAAUGGAACUUCACAAGAGAGAGCAACUCAUUGCCGUCCCAGUUUUCUACGAUGUUACUCCAUCUGACGUUAGGCACCAGAGAAAUACAUUUUCCUUAGAAAGGUACUAUGAAAGAAAAUUUAUGUCGUUCCUCAGAACAAAAACAGAAGAGGCUGAAAAAGUUCAGAAAUGGAGAGAAGCGCUUACCGAAAUUGCCGGAAUAACAGGCAAGGUUUCCAGAACUUGUGACAAUGAGGCCAUGAUGGUUGACGAUAUUGCUAGGCGUAUUUCGAGACAGUUAAUAUCAAUGGAGCCAAUAGAUUUGGGUGAAAUUGUUGGAAUGAAGGCCCACAUGGAAAGACUCAAUCCUCUCUUGAAACUGGAGUCGAACGGUGAGGUUAGGAUGAUAGGAAUCUGGGGAAUGGGAGGCGUUGGCAAGACCACCAUUGCCAAAUUUCUCUACAAGAUACAUUCGGAGGGAUUUGCUCCUCAUCGUUGUUUCAUAGAGAACGUUGGGAGUUCCAAAGGGAAAGGUACUCUCUUAGACUUGCAAGGAAAGCUUCUUUCGAGUAUUGUGGGCGCAGAACAUGAAACGUUGUGGAGUGUGGAGCAAGGACGCGGUGUUAUCAAGUCAAGCCUUAGAAACCGUAGAGUUUUCCUUGUCGUUGACGACAUCGACAAUCUGGACCAGUUGCAUGCGCUGGCAGAAGAGACUAGCUGGUUUGGAGCAGGGAGCCGAAUCAUCGUCACCACACGGGACAAGGGCUUGUUCUCUUCCAGUGGAGUCAGAUUUGUAUACCAUGUUGACGUAUUGGAUAACGAUAAUGCAAUACAAGUCCUUAAACGAUUUGCUUUUGAAGGAGGACAAGCUCCUUCUGAUAUCUACCAACGAUUGGCAAUCCAAGCUUCUAGUCUUGCUCAAGGUCUUCCUUCCGCCCUUCAAGCUUUUGGCAUGUAUCUUCGUCGAAUGACCUCGACAGAGGAAUGGGAAAUGGCAAUGAGAAGACUCCAAAAAAUUCCUCAGCAGAGAAUCAUGGAUAUUCUGAGAACCAGUUACAAGGGGCUAGACAGGAAACACAAAGCCGUGUUCCUUCAUGUUGCAUGCGUAUUCAACGGAGACUCUGUCCAAAGUGUAAAGGCCCUUCUUGAAGAUGGUGAUUUAGAGAUCAAAGGUUUAGCAGAAAAGUCUCUCAUCGACUUAUCAGCCGAUGGGAACAUCACCAUGCAUGUCUUAGUAGAACAAGCGGGAAAAGAAAUUGCGCGUGAAGAAUCAGGCUCCGAGCCUCAUAACCAGAGAAUUUUUUGGGAACAUGAGCAGAUCAUAUCUGCGCUGCAAAACAACACAGUAACUGCUUCUCAAAAUGUUUUAAGGCUCGUUUUCUUUCCAUGUCUUCAUUUCAACCAGACUGAUAAUUUCUCAUCAGGAAGGAAUUUUUAUGUAAGCGGAAUCAAUUUUCUAAAGGUCUUCCGGCAUGUAGAUCAUAAACGAUCCAAGUUGCUGUUCAUUCAAGGAAAAGAGACCCUUCCCCAGAAUCUUCUUUUACUGCAUUGGGAUGGCUUUCCCUUGACAAGCUUGCCACGCCAUGAGCGUCUGCGAAAUAUCGUCGAAAUCAAUCUCCGUCACAGUAAUCUUGAGCGCCUCUGGGAUGGAAACCUGAGGCUCCGUACGUUGAGGAGACUAGACGUGACUUGUUCUAGUAACCUGAGAGAACCUCCAGAUUUGUCACAUGCCCCAAAUCUCGAAGAGCUCUUAAUGGAAGGCUGCAAGAGACUGGAACAACUCCCAAAGUCUAUUGGUAGCUUGUUUCGCCUGAAAAACCUCAACUUGUCACAAUGUGAUGGCUUAGCGAAUCUCCAGAUUCAUGUACUAGAACAGCCUUUCCCUCUAGAAAGCGGUCUGCAAAGAAGAAAGAUCACAGUGCACCUUCCUGGAGAAAUCAAUAAACUGACUUCUCUUGUAAAUCUAUCCAUCGACGGGAGCAUACACAUUCAGCUGUUGAACCUCAUAGGAGACGCAGAGCACAUCUCUUACAUCCCCAAACAACUAAUCCCUAAUGAAACAAUGCUAUCGAGCUGUUAUAAUUUUUUGUCGCUCAACAUCAAGCGGACCAGAUACAACGAGAAUGGUGCUUCUUUCAGCUGUAUUAGCUUCUCGGAUUUCCACUCGUUGACAGAGUUGAAACUGAUCAACCUAAACAUCUUGAAUAUCCCGGACGACAUCGGUCAAAUGCAGUCACUAGAGAAGCUGGACCUCACCGGGAAUGAUUUCAAGAAUCUACCCAUAUAUAUGACCAACCUUUCCAAGUUGAAAUACGUCAGGCUCUCCAACUGCACCAAACUUGAGGCGUUGCCAGAGCUGACUCAGUUGCAGACGCUCAAACUCUCCGGCUGUUCUAAUCUCAGAUCACUGAUGAAUCUUUCUCUCGCAUUCCACAAACGGGUCAGAUACUGUUUGCUAGAGCUCGGGCUUGACAACUGCAGAAACUUCAAAUCAUUGUCGUAUCAGGUUCGCCAACUCACCAGCUUAAUACACCUGGACCUUAGCAGACACGAAUUUGAGGCAAUCCCUGAAAGCAUUAAAGAGCUCUCAUCUCUAGGAACCCUGUGCCUCAACAACUGCAAGAAACUGAAAUCAGUGAAAGACCUUCCAAAGAGCCUCAAGCAUCUCUACGCACACGGCUGCGAUUCGUUGAAGCAUGUUUCCCUUCCCUCCAACCACUCAAUUGAGCAACUCGAUCUUAGCCAUUGCUUUAGCGUGAAACAAGACCAACAUUUGAUCACUCGGAUUUUCAACGACGGAUUUAGCCAAGUGGUCACAGAGCGAUUCGCUUGCUUACCAGGAACCAAAGUGCCCAGUUGCAUUGAUAAUCAAGCCCUAGGGGCAUCUACGAAGAUCAGCCUGCUUCCAGUCAGGGAUACCCCCAAACUUCUGGGUUUCGCAGCCUGUAUCGUGAUUGCUUGCAAGACGCCGAACCAUCUCCAGUUUCCGGCGUUUACUUAUAGUUGGUCCUGUGAAGCUGACGGAGUAAUUCGGAUUAACCUCAAACCAAGUCUCUAUCUUUCACCGGAGAUGGUGGAAGAAGAAGAAGAAGAGACUGCUGCAUUGCAUCACCUGGUUAUCAUCCACAUCGCAAAUAGCAUCAACACCGAGGAAUUCGACGAGUUGCGACUCGAAUCUCAUCUUCGAUUCCCGGAGGAUGUUCAAAUUCCACCCGGCGAGAUCAAAGCUUGUGGGAUUCGGGUCGCGUGA